AUGUCGACCAGCCCGGCUGCGACCAGUGGCGUGUCGCAGUCUGGGAUCGUCGACCAUCUAGUCGACUCACUCAUCGACUUCUCGGAAUACGACAACAACCCGUACCAGUCGCCCUCGUUGUCCCCCACUACCACUUCCAAGAUGUCGUUUUCAAAGCCAAUCAAGGCAGAACCAACUACGACAUCAUUACUUCCAGCCAGUCAACCCAUGAGCGGUCCGAGUCAUCAGUAUGAUCAGUACAAACAGCAGACUGGCAUUGUCCCCGGUGCUCUGGCAAGCACCCAUGCGGUAAACCAGAACAGCCAGGUUCAGGGCUACAGCAAUUUCAAUGUCGAUUUCUUGGCCUUGGCGGACACGGAGGAUAUAUUCGACUUCAACGCGGCGCCUUCUCAGUCCUCGUUGAACACAGACGUUGAUAUGGACUUCGAUUCGUCGUCGGCUGAUCCCAGCUACUUCUUCGGAGACGCCACAGUCAACCCUUCGUCCAUCGGCGGCCACGAGCCAUCUGCCAUCCAGUCGCCCACCGUCCUCUCUGCACAGACAGGCAACGUCGGAAGGCUGUGGCCGGGUAUGCAUCAACAGGCCGCUCUGGCCAAGGCUCAGGCCCAGCAGCGACAGCAACAGCAACAUAUGAUCCAGCAGCAACGUCGGAAUGCCCAGAACCAACAGCCAAAGCAGCCACAACGGCCCAAGAAUCAGCAGCCCACCGACCCCAUCGUCGAACAGAAAAUCACUCAGCUUCUCAACUCGAUGCGAGCCAAGCCUGCUUCUCCUGACUCAGCCGAGUCCGUUCAGCACUUGAACAUCUCUCGGCCCAAGAAGGAUGAGGAUGAUAUGGAUGAGGACGAAAGGUUACUGGCCAGUGAAGAAGGCAAGAAGCUCAGCAGCAAAGAACGUCGUCAACUUCGCAACAAGGUUUCUGCUCGCGCUUUCCGGUCUAGGAGGAAAGAAUACAUCACACAACUCGAGGCUGAAAUCUCGUUGAAGGUCAGCGAGAAUACCGACCUUCGUAGCCAUAACCGCGCACUCGUGGACGAGAACAAGCGUCUGUCAGAUCUGACCCGCAUGCUCCUCUCAUCCCCCUCCUUCUCCGACUUCCUCGAUCGCCUCUCUUCAAACCCCCAGCAAGUCCCCCAGGCACAGCCCACACCCCAGCAGCAGGAAAAUCGGCCUCUUCCUAAAGACGUCAACACAUACGCUGCCCAGCAACAACUUCAACAACAGCAGCACCAGCAUAUCGGCAUGGCCAUGAUCCCUGAACAACCGCUGGACUUCUCCAUGCUCAGCCUUGACACCGCCGACGCCUUCAACUUCCAGCCUCAGGUUUACGCCGUGCUUGACACGCCCGAACCCGCCAUGAUCGAGACGUCGAUACUAUCCGGCAAGUCGUCCAACUUCGUCGGUACGCAGUUGGAAUCCGACGAGGAGAAGGUCGAGAUGCCCGUCAUCAAGAAGGCGCCAGUCCUUGAGAAGGAGCCUGUUGCCGAAGGGGAGAAAGAGUCCCCGACGGCAACUGUCGUUGACGAGGAGUUUGAGAGCGAUCCGGCCUUUGCCCUCUACCACGACUCGACUCCGGUCAGUGCCACAGUCGCCAAGGAGCCCGUCGAGAUCGACACGGACGCUUUCUCACACGUCGACGUCUUCGGCGGGAUCGAGCCCGACAAGGCUCUGGCGCGGUACGAACUCGUUGACGCCAGCGAAGAGGAGGUUGCUGCCACUUGCGCAAUGGCGCGGGUGCAACGCAUCAGUGCCGGUCUUGAGAGUGUGAUGACGAGGUUAGAGUUGAUGACGGUCGACUUAUAG